GGAUGUGCCGAGUGAAUAGAAGAUCUAAAAGUACUCUUGUCCCUGAAAGAAAAAAAAAAACUGUUGGUCCCGUUUUAACCCAAACAACCACAAAGUGCUGUUUAUUUGCCCUAUAUAGUAUGUGGGAAUAAAGGACAGCUACCGUGGACAGUGCCUGUUCCGCAGGUAGAUUUGCGAAGAACUGUAUCAAUCCUUUUUUUUAAAACAGACAUUCAAAACUACGUAUUUCAUUCAGGAAUCAGAAACAUGAGUAAUACUAAUUACAAUGAAGACUAUCAACCAAUGAAUCUAUCUACGAAUUUGGAUCAACGUCCGUCAUUGGUUGAGCGAAAGAUCCAAGCGAAAACUACAACAGAACCAACGAAAUAUUUGGUGCCUCCUAAAAAUGAUAAGCAAGUCGAAGCAUCAAUUAAUCAUUUAACAAAAUUAUCAAUGCGCCCGUUUGGAACACAAUUUCAGGCUUCCGAAGUAUUAGAGUGGGCAAAUCCGGACGUUGAGAAAUUCGGUGAGGUCAAGGAUUCUAAAGUUGACUAUUUCGGAGAUAUUAAGAAGAAGCGAAAAGAAAAUUUUGCUAAUGAAAAACGCGAUCUACUGUUAAAACAUCUUAGAGGCGAUAUAAAAAGAUUUCGCUAUGACGACAAAGAGGAUAAGGCUGAACUAGUCAAUAGAUGCUGUUACCUAGAGGAAGAGUUAAAGAAGCUGAAAAUUCAAAAUAAAAUACAAGACGAUCUGUUGAAACAAAGAAUGCAUCGAUGUAUAGAAUGCUUGAAAAAGAUAUCUUAGAUUUGAAGUCUAAAAUUGCUACGAUGAACAUUUUACAAUAUAAAAUUCAUAUGUUGUCCGACUA